UUUUACAGUCCGAAUGAACAGUUAAAGAAGCUCUUUUCACCCUUUGGCGCGGUUAUUGAUGGAAAGACUGAUUUGUGUGGAAGCCGCUGAGUCUAUACAAGCUGCAGAAAACUCAACGACAACAACAUAUCCAGUGUAAUCCCACAAGUGGGGUCUGGAGAAGGUAGAGUGUAUGCAGACCUUACCCCUAUCUUGGGAGGUAGAGACGCUGUUUCCGAUAGACCCUCGGCAAGCUGCAGAAACUCAACAUUGCAAAGAUAAGUUUCUCGUAAUUUAGCGUAUGCAUUGUUAUUCAUAACCCAUAUUAUGGGAGAAAUUUUGACCAUUGCUCAGUCCUUCAUAGUGCUGCCUCGACUCUUGGAGUAUAAAAGCUUUCAGAUGUGCUUCUAAGUUUAAGCACCUUUUACCCUCCAUCAGGUCUUUCAUUUGAGGCUUGAAACUGACACCUUCUUCAUUCCAUGAUCAAUUUAAGAAUUAAACUGGCUGCCAUAACUCCCUCAAUACUCAAAAUUCAAAAUCUUGGCCAUUUCAGAACCACAAAUUUCCACAAACCCACCUCAAAAUCCUCAACUAAAAAAGAAAGGCCUCAUAAGCCCACAAGAAACCUUCUUUGCAAGCCGAUACCACUCCUUGCUGACCUCAAACAAAUCCAAGAUCCCGAUGAAGCUAUUUCACUCUUCCAUGAUCACCAACAAACAGGGUUCAAACAUGACUACCCAACUUAUUCUUGUCUUAUUUAUAAGCUCGCCAAGUCUCGUAACUUUGAAGCUGUUGAAACCCUUCUUGGAUAUCUCCAAACCCAUUAUAUUCGAUGUAAAGAAACACUUUUUAUUGGGUUGAUUCAACAUUAUGGGAAAGCCAAGUUAGUUGAUAAAUCUAUUGAGCUUUUUCACAACAUGGGGUCGUCGUUUAAUUGUUCGCGUAGUUUACGGUCUUUUAAUGCACUUUUGAAUGUGCUUGUUGAUAAUGAGCGUUAUGAAGGUGCGAAUGAGAUGUUAAAGAGUUGUUCGAAAAAUGGUAUCUGGUUAAACUCCAUUUCGUUUAACAUUAUCAUCAAGAUGUGGUUGGAAAAGGGUGAUUGGGAAAUGGCACGCAAAGUGUUCGAUGAAAUGCUUGAGAGAGAAGUUGAGCCAACUGUGGUGACUUAUAAUUGUCAAAUUGGGUUUUUGUGUAAAAGGGGGGAUGUUGAAGGUGGUAAAAGUUUGUUCCAAGAUAUGGUUAAAAAGGGAAAGAAGCCAAAUGCGGUUUCUUAUGCUUUGCUAAUGGAAGGUUUAUGUUCUUUAGGGAAGUAUAAGGAAGCAAAGAAGUUGAUGUUUGAUAUGGAAUAUCAAGGAUGUAAAGUGAAAAUAGUUAAUUAUGGUGUUUUAAUGACUGAUCUUUUGAAACGAGGCGAAAUUGGUGAGGCAAACAGUUUACUUGUGGAGAUGAAAAGAAGGCGCAUUAAGCCUGACGUUGUGAUCUAUAACAUGUUAGUAAAUUAUUUCUGUAAGGAAGGUAAAACUGCUGAGGCGUAUAGGAUGUUAGUUGAUAUGCAAAUUGCGGGUUGUUGUCCUAAUGCAGCUACAUACAGAAUGGUGGUUGAUGGAUUUUGUAAAACAAGAGAAUUUGAAGAAGGUUUGAAGGUUUUGAAUGCGAUGUUGAUGAGCAGGCAUUUUCCUCGUAUGGAAACAGUAAGGUGUUUGGUUCUUGGUCUGCUUGAUAAAGGGAAGGUUGAAGACGCUUGCUUUGUUUUGGAGGAGAUGGAGAAGAGAAAGAAAAGGUUCGAUUUUGAUUCUUGGGAAGUCAUCGUCAAGGAUUCUUGCACUAGUGAUAGGGGUGUAAGCUGGCUCUUAGAUGAGCUUGUAUUUUAGCUAUUGGAUUUAGAUGCUGUUACUAUGGAAAAUGUCAAAAAUAGAUUAUGCCUGUCAUAAGAUAGUGACAUGAUUCUUUUCUGCGUUUGUAGAGCUGGGCAUGCUUAGUUGGAGUUCAAUGUCUGAUUAAACGUUGUCUGUGGAAACUGUUGAUUUCCUGUAGAUAGCAUGUCCAUAAACAAAAGAAAUAUCCCCAAUGUCUUUUCUUAAAUUUGUUUGGUGAUGUCA